AUGCAUUCAGAUAGUGAACAAGAAGAUGGUGAUAUUAAUAGAAAAGAUAUCAAAAUUAAAGUUGAACGAUUUUGUGAACAAUCACAAAUUUAUUUGAAUCGAUUACCAUUACUUAAACAACAAUUAGAUGAAAUAGAUCGUUCAUAUCAAUUUGAUUCAUAUGUACAAAAAUUGAACGAAAUUGGCAAAAUUGUUCAAAAUUUAAUUCAAAAUAUUCGUAAUAUUGAACAAUUACAUCUAAAAUUGAAUGAUAAAGAUCGUUUAAAACUUGAUCGUCAAAUUAUUCUUUUACGAACUGAAAUCGAUCGUGAAAUGUCUGAAUUUCAUAUACUUCGUGAACAAGCUAAGGUUGCCUCAAUGAAUGAAAAUUUACCAUCAGUCGAUGAUACUAACAAUCAUGAUAAUAUACAGCAAGAUGAAAUAUCAAACGAACUUCGUCAACGACAUGUAACAACAACAACAGAUCGUUUAAGUGAUUCAUAUAAUUUACUUGAACAAGAUUUAAUACUUUUACGUGAAACUAUUGGUGAAGUUGCACAACUUGUUGAACAACAAAAAGAAAAACUAUCAAAUACAGAACGUUUAAUAAAUACAGCUCACGAUCAAAUACAUGAAGCAUCGACAUUACUUCAACGAGCAGUUCAUAAUAAAUAUGUUACAAUACUAUCAGGCGCUCUACUUGGUGCUACUCUUGGUGGACCUGUUGGAUGUUUUGUGGGUUUAAAAAUGGGUGCAUUGGUAGCAUUAAGUGGUUCAGCUGUUGGUGCUCUGUCAAAAAACAAAAUGCGUGAAUGUAUCUCAAUUCAUGUCGGCCAAGCCGGUGUUCAAAUUGGUAAUGCCUGUUGGGAACUUUAUUGUUUAGAACACGGUAUUCAACCUGAUGGCCAAAUGCCUUCGGAUAAAACCAUUGGUGGUGGUGAUGAUUCAUUCAACACAUUCUUUAGUGAAACUGGUGCUGGAAAACAUGUACCACGUGCUGUUUUCGUUGAUUUAGAACCAACUGUCAUUGAUGAAGUACGUACUGGCACAUAUCGCCAACUUUUCCAUCCUGAACAGCUCAUCACCGGCAAGGAAGAUGCCGCUAACAACUAUGCUCGUGGUCAUUAUACCAUUGGAAAGGAAAUUGUUGAUCUUGUACUCGACCGUAUUCGUAAAUUAGCUGAUCAAUGUACUGGUCUUCAAGGUUUCCUCAUCUUCCACAGCUUUGGCGGUGGUACUGGUUCAGGUUUCACAUCAUUGUUGAUGGAACGACUCAGUGUUGACUAUGGCAAGAAAUCAAAACUUGAAUUUGCCGUUUAUCCAGCUCCGCAAAUUUCAACUGCUGUCGUUGAACCAUACAAUUCGAUUCUUACAACACACACAACACUCGAACACUCGGAUUGUGCUUUCAUGGUUGACAAUGAGGCCAUCUACGAUAUUUGCCGUCGUAACUUGGAUAUCGAACGACCAACAUAUACCAACUUGAAUCGUCUUAUUGCUCAAAUUGUUAGUUCAAUUACAGCAUCACUUCGAUUUGAUGGUGCACUCAAUGUUGAUCUUACUGAAUUUCAAACCAACUUGGUACCUUAUCCACGUAUCCAUUUUCCUCUUGCUACAUAUGCACCAAUCAUUAGCGCUGAAAAAGCCUACCAUGAACAAUUAACCGUCGCUGAAAUUACCAAUGCUGUAUUCGAACCAGCUAAUCAAAUGGUUAAAUGCGAUCCUCGUCAUGGAAAAUAUAUGGCUUGCUGUUUAUUAUAUCGUGGUGAUGUUGUACCAAAAGAUGUCAAUGCAGCUAUUGCUACAAUCAAAACUAAACGAACGAUUCAAUUUGUUGAUUGGUGUCCAACUGGAUUUAAAGUUGGUAUCAACUAUCAACCACCAACUGUUGUACCAGGUGGUGAUUUAGCUAAAGUUCAACGUGCAGUUUGUAUGUUAUCAAAUACAACAGCUAUUGCCGAGGCUUGGGCUCGUCUUGAUCACAAAUUCGAUUUAAUGUAUGCUAAACGUGCUUUUGUUCACUGGUAUGUCGGUGAAGGUAUGGAAGAAGGUGAAUUUUCAGAAGCUCGUGAAGAUUUGGCUGCACUCGAAAAAGAUUACGAAGAAGUCGGCGUUGAUUCAGUUGAAGGCGAAGGUGAAGGUGAAGGUGAAGAAUAUUAA